GGUAGGUCGCUCCCGUUUGAAAGUGUGUGCUUAGAAUGUUUUUAAUUAAGAUCGAAUCCAAAAGUAAGGUCUGAAAAGGAGCAUUCCUUCCAGUUCUUUGCGGGUGUAAAGUGUUGCGAGAAAAGUAGCAAAUUGUGCAAAACGAUAGAACAUAUCCGUGUGCUGGUAGUUGAUUUAUGAAUGCAUUGAGAGUUCGAUUGUGCGCAUCAAACUAAACAAACUGCUAGUUAUCACACCCGCAAUCCGGUCAACAGGAUGGAAGCUGAAAUGGAUGAAAUCAUCGCCGGGUUAAAGAAUGCAACGCUGGAGAAAAGUUCUGAACGUGCCCUACCGUUGCUGAAGCAAUUAUCCGAUGCGGAAACGAACCUCUGUGAUAAAUACGAUAUUAAGAACGAUUUGCUGGAGCUGCUGCAGCUGCCCGAUGCUGGCGUGCAGAUACAGGUGGCCCGUUGCAUUGCCGAGGUGGCCAAAACCGAACAUCAGCGAACCAAGUUUUCCAAGGAAGACAUCAUCCGGCGGUUGACAGAGCUGCUGCAAAGCCCGGCAGUGCUGGGCGGCGGCAACGCAACCGAUCGAGCCGCCCUCGAGCUGGCGACGCAAAUUUGCCGCGCCCUGGGCAACAUCUGCUACGCGAACGACGAGGCGCGAAACAUUAUCAAAGAGCUCGGUGCCGAUGAACGGUUUUUCGCGCUGCUCGAUUACGACGUCGAUACGGACGACGAGGAAAGGGAACAGUUUGUGCGCGUUCGCUGUGGGCUCAUUUCGAACUACCUGCUGGGCAGUGACGAGAUUGCGGAGCGAGCGGUCGAGCUAAAGCUGAUCGAUCGGCUGGAGCGAAUCCUGACGCGCUGCCUGUGCGAUGUGGACCGGCACGAGGAGCUGCUGCUGAGCAUACUGCCCCCGCUCAGCAUCCUGACUGAGCAGAUCAGCGAUCUCUACUUUGCGCCGUCGCUGAACAAAACGAUCGCGCAGAUUUUAGCCAAAUGUACCAACCCGGACAUUGCCGAGUCGUGUCUCGCGCUGCUACACUAUGAGGCGCAAAACGAUGACGUGAAGCUGCUGCUGGCAGAGGAGGGGCUGUGCGAAACGAUCUACCAGCUGCUGGAAAAGUACAAAACGUUCGCUAACACGGACGAGGCACGUGUACUUAUGAAGCUGGCCUGCGACUUGAUUGUGCUGAUACUGACGGGAGACAAAUCGAUGCACUAUCUGUACUCAACGCCACUCUUGAAGUGCAUGGAAGAUUGGCUAGAUUCGUCCGACGUAGAACUGCUAACAACCGGCGUGCUUGCGCUUGGAAACUUUGCCCGAACGGACAGUCACUGCAUUCAUAUGGUGGAGAACAAAAUUAUGCACAAACUGCUAGCUAUUUUGGCUAAAAAUAAUGGAACGGAACACCAGAUGACGCUUCAACAUGCGCUGCUAAGUACACUGAAAAACUUGGUUAUACCGAAACCAAAUAAGGCUGCCGUCAUAGAGGCCGGUUUGGUGGACAUUAUUUUACCAAUGCUGGAAAUACAUCAAGCGCCGGUAGUGUUCAAACUGCUCGGCACGCUACGAAUGACCGUCGACGGGCAAGAAAAUCUUGCCUCCCAGCUGUUGCAAAACGAAAAGCUAGUCAAGCAGCUGGUACAUUGGAGCCAAACGUCCGAAUUUACCGGCGUCCUGGGCGAGUCGUUACGGCUGAUGGCAUGGCUGAUCAAGCACGCCUACCAGCAGCGCGACAGCAGCGCAAAGGUACCGAUGGACGAUACGGGGCUGCGGAAGUUUGUCGCUAUCGAGGGAGCGGUCGCCAGUAUGGUCGGCAUGCUCGCCUCAACGCAUCUGGUGAUGCAAAACGAGGCCCUGAUUGCGUUGAGCAUUUUGACCACGCUUUACCACAGCAAGGCGGCGACCGAGGGUAACACGCUGGACGAGCUGCUGGUGCAGGCCGACGUUGGCGCCAAGCUUGCCGAGCAGAUCACGCUGAACGGUGAGUCGAUGACGAAGGAGCUGGUGGAAAACCUGCAAACAUUCGUAAAGCUGCUGCGGUCGUCGAGUGACGCACUGGUGGCCCAUUUGCGCCAGCACAACAUCGAAGAGCUGCUAAAGACGAUACCGAGCUUGGUGGAAUACUGUACGCUUUGAAUGCAUUUCCCAGUGAUUCUAGCUUCUACUGGGAUGAUCACAACACCAUCUUACUUUACGGGGGAAAACAUGAUUUUCAUUUCACACGAUUUCCUUCGAUUGCACGCAAAGGUAACCGAUUUAUCAACGUUACGUUAUCAACCGAACGGGAACAGUCUUGCACAGGACCAGUGUUUGAUUUUCACCUGAAAGCAAUAGAGUUCUAACCACUAAUAACGAUAUUGAUAGCGAUCCGUUGGUUGAAUAGAAUAGAUUGUUUGUGGCGUUUUACAGCAAAUUACUUUAUCGUACCAUUCAAUACCAUUCUAUGACAAUCUGCAUUAUAACGAGGAAUCUACUUUUAGAUUUGGGUAAACACAUUUUAGUUUACUAGCAGGCGUGUAAAUGGGAAUAUUAGGGCCAAAUACUUGAUUAUGAUACCAAUCGUACUUCUACCACUACAUUUAUCGUCCCCUUUUAAUACAAUAUGAAUCCGAUCAGCACACAACGGAUGGCAAGUGGCAAAAAAAAGCAUUUAACAGUUUUCUAGCCCAAUUUGGUUUGUUUGCAAAGCAUCAAACACCGAUCACCCGAUGUUGGGAGACAUUUUCAAGAGCAAUUUAUAAUGUAAGCUUUAAUUUACAUAAACACACAGCAUGGAUAGGAUUAGCGAUUAAGAGCAAAGCGUGUAUUUUGAGCAUUGACACAUAAGAAGCCGUUCGUUCACUCGGCGUGAAUAAAAAAAACAAUACUUAACCAAUGAUAAAAUACGCUAUAAAGCGAUAAAAAUGACCGUUCAGUUUCUUAAUAUACAUGAGUUCUAGUGAAAAAUGAGACGCACAGCAUUACAAAAAAAAACACACAUACACACAUCGACAAGAAAUUCAAACACACGCAGCCUCCCGAUUUGUGCAACAGAAACACAAAGCAUUAACCUCUAGUGAGCAGCAAA